GGGCCACCCGGCGGUGCCGCCACGCUGCGUUCCGCGCCGCCGCUGCCGCCGAGGACCUGCCCCCCCCCCCCCCCGGUGGAGCGGGAGCGACGGUGUCCGAGUCCGCUCUGCUUGCACCCAGCGGCUGCGAGCCUCGCGGCUAGACUAAGAGAAAAAUGGCCCUGCUACAGGGACAGAUACCCAGAUGGUUCAGCUCGGUUAAAUGGAGUAGCUUUAUUAGAGCUGUGCAAAUCACAAAACAGCCUGCACGACCAGGAAAAACAUCGUCAAACGGCUUCUCAACUCAGGCUCUGUUGUCCCCUGACACUUGCUUUCUCCAGUGGGGAAUGAAGACUUACAGGACUUCCUCCUUGUGGAAUAGUUCCCAGUUUGCCAACUCCAGUAGGCAGGAGAGCAAUUCUUCGCAAAGCACUCUGCUUCCUUCAGUAAGUGAAAAGCCGGAGAUGAUACCCAGUCUUGAAUCUGAGCUGCCUCUUGAAGAACUGGACGACCUGCCUCCACUGUCCCCGAUGCAGCCGAUUUCAGAGGAGGAGGCUAUUCGGAUUGUUGCAGACCCUCUGCUGCCUCUGUCCUCCUUCACGCUUGGAGACUACGUAGAUCACUCGGAGACGUUGCAGCGGCUAGUACAGCUUGGAGUGGAUUUGUCUAAGAUAGAAAGACAUACCGAUGCAGCCAACCUCCUUCUAAGACUGGAUUUUGAAAAAGACAUUAAGCAAAUACUCCUGUUUCUUAAAGAUCUGGGUUUAGAAGAUAGCCACCUGGGACCAUUCCUGACAAAAAAUUACACUAUUUUCUCUGAAGACCUUGAAAAUCUUCAGACAAGAGUAGCUUAUCUACAGUCAAAAAAUUUCAGUAAGGCUGAUGUUGCACAGAUGGUGAGAAAAGCACCGUUUCUGUUGAGCUUCUCUGUGGAAAGACUGGACAACAGACUGGGAUUUUUUCAGAAAGAACUUGAAUUGAGUACAAAGAAGACUAGAGAUCUGGUUGUUCGUCUUCCAAGGCUACUAACAGGAAGUCUGGAGCCUGUGAAAGAAAAUAUGAAGGUUUACCGCCUUGAACUUGGUUUUAAACAAAAUGAAAUCCAACAUAUGGUCACCAGAGUCCCAAAGAUGCUAACCGCAAACAAAAGGAAGCUGACGGAGACUUUUGAUUAUAUACACAACGUGAUGAAUAUUCCCCACCACAUCAUCGUCAAAUUCCCACAGGUAUUUAAUACAAGAGUAUUUAAAAUUAAAGAAAGACACUUAUUUCUUGCCUACUUGGGAAAAGCACAGUACGAUCCAGCAAAACCCAACUAUGUCUCUUUGGACAAGUUCGUAUCUGUUCCUGAUGAAGUAUUCUGCAAAGAGAUUGCCAAAACUUCAGUAAACGAUUUUGAGAAAUUCUUAAAGACACUUUAGUUUUUGAUGAAAGUUUAAAUGUAAAUGUAUACAUGAAUAAAUCAGUGUAUUUUUAAAAAUAAAUGCCUCAGAAAUAGGCUAACUUGGGACUAAGGCAAUGGCUUAGUCAGGCAAGUGCUGUUCACACACAGGGACCUUAGUUUAAUCCCCAGAAUCCAUGUGAUAACUGAGGGCUACAGUGUAAUCCCAGUGCUGGGGAGAUGGGCGCUGAAGGAACCCUUGGGCUUGCUGACCAGCCAGCCUUGUCCAAAUUGGUGAGCUCCAAAUGCAGUGAGGGAUCCUAUCUCAAAAGCUAAGGUGGGUGAGAAAGAUACUCACCUUAGACCUCUGGCAUGCACACACCUACAUACAUACGUGCACACAUACAUGCACACAUACUGACACACAAACACAGAGGGAAACAGACUAGGUUAGCUGUGCUGCUGUUCUGGGCAGUCCUAAAAUUUUAAGCAACUUAAAACCAUAUAUGUCUGUUUCUUGAGACUACAAGUGGUUUAAUGGAACAGAUUGAUGUAUCCUGGAUGUUUUCAUCAUGACUGUAGUGUCGUCAUCUUCUAAAGGGAAGAGAGAUGUUAAAGAUUACUCUUUAAAAUUUGUUUGCAGUCGGGCGUUGGUGGCGCACGCCUUUAAUCCCAGCACUCGGGAGGCAGAGGCAGGCAGAUCUCUGUGAGUUCGAGGCCAGCCUGGUCUACAGAGAGUAUGUUCCAGGACAGCCUCCAAAACAAUACAGAGAAACCCUGUCUCGAAAAAACAAAAAUAAAAAAUAAAAAUAAAUAAACAAAACUUGUUUGCAGGGGCAAUGCCAAAGCGUCACAUAUGUGUCUAAAAUUUAAAGAGUCAAAGUAGUGUAAUCUCUAUUAUACCAGGAGGAAAGAAAUAAAACAAUUUUCAAAAUA